ACCAUCAGCCCUCUUCUUUAUAUGUGAAACCACCUCAUACUAUGUGCUGAGACCCAUGUUGAGUAGCACUGGGAUUGCAUUUCUUCCAGGCUUUUUUUGGGACUGCUUCUCCACCAGGAUUUGUUCCAGGCCCUAUAAUAACCCAAAGUGGUUAUCAACCAACUAAUCCCUGUCUCAGGCUCUCUCUUCUUCCCUAGAAAUGACUGGUUGGUGAGUCUCGGAGGAGCCCUUUUUUCUGGAGAUUCUUGAACCUGCAGAUGGAUUAUGGAUACCAAAAAGGAACAGGAUAGCAGUGGAAUGGAUGACAUAAGCUUGAGUUCUACCUCUUUGGGAUGUUACACAAUUCAGGGCUUAAAACAGCUCUAUGAGGCCCGUCAGCUCUGUGAUGCCACCCUGGUGGCCGAAGGAAGGAUUUUCUCCUGUCACAGGGCAUUGUUGGCCUCAUUCAGCCCUUACUUCCGGGCCAUGUUCACCAGGCCCUUUAGAGAGUGCUGGGAAAGGCAAGUUGUGUUCGAAGACAUGGCCUCUUCUGUCCUUCAAAGAAUUCUAGAUUAUCUCUACACUGGAGAGCUGUUGCUUACACCAGAGACUGCUCAGGAUCUCUUCACAGCUGCCAAUAGGCUUGUCAUCCGCCCACUGCAGGAGAUUAUUGGCAGAUUCCUUGCUGACAGCAUUUCUAUGGACAGCUGCCUGGGGAUUUAUGCUUUGGCAUAUGCUCACAACCACCAACCUUUGCUUCGUGUGGCCACACGCCACAUCACCAUUAACUUUGAACCUCUUUCCCAACACGAGGCCUUUCCGGGCUUGGAUCCCAGCACGGUGAUCAGCAUUGUCUCUUCAGACAAACUCCUGGUGUCGUCUGAGCUGAUCGUCUACCAUGCUGUGCAGCGCUGGGUGAGGUCUCAACCAGCUGAGCAUCUCUCACUGAUCAAGAAGCUGCUGAAACAAGUCCGCCUCCCACUUCUUACUUCCGAGGAGAUCACGGUAGUCCAGAAGGACAUAAUUGAAGAAUAUGGACAUGCUCACCUGCAGUGGGAGCAGCUAGACGGAGAAGGGAGGUUGCAGAAGAGUGGGGGUCUCAGGCACGGCAUGUACGAUGACUGGAUUGUGAGCUUGGGCCUUUUUGUAAGCAACAUGCAGGGAGGAGUAGUUGAACGUCUGAAAACUCACUUCCUGGGAUUCAGCCUGCAGACAGAAAGCUGGGAGGAGAUACCACCCCUGAUGUAUCUAGAUUCCUCUGGCUUCUUGUCUGUGGGGCACAAGCUCUACGUCUCUGGGGGACAAAGGCUUAAUGGCUCCGUCUUAGGCAAUCUGCAUGAGUUUGAUGCUCUUACCGGCCAGUGGAUGCAGCUGCCAUCCAUGUCCACCCCUCGGCGAGAACAUGGCUUCCUAGCAUGUAAGCAGAAGCUGUAUGCUUUGGGGGGUCGGAGUGGCCGAAGUGUGCUUGAUUCUGCAGAAAGCUUUGACCUAGUGCAGAAGUCUUGGUCUCCCAUUGCCAACCUGCCAUUUGCAGUGAGUCAUUUUGCCUCUGCCACAUUGAAAAACAAGCUCUACCUGAUUGGAGGUUUCUCUCACACCAGGGCAAGCGGCCUUGCUCACAGGGGCAUUCUGAUUUAUGAAACAGGUUCCGAUGUGUGGAAUCAGGUGCCGCUGGCUUUUCAGUGCUACAAAUCCACAGCUGUGACCAUGGACAAUGGGAUCUUCGUCAUCGGCGGGCUUGUUGAGGAGAGCAGCCGGCGUGAGACACCCGGCACUGUAAUCAGGGCCCUGAUCUCUGGCACCCACAAGUGUUUCUUCCUCAGCAAGGAUGGCACUGUGAGCUACGACGUUGCCAUCCCAGAACUUCCUAUCCUGGUCUUGCCACCUUGUGCGGUGCAGUGGCAGAGAAGAAUCCACGUGCUGGUAGGGAAUACAAUAUACCAGUGGAAGCCCGGAGAGCCCAGCUGGACCAGGAGUCGAAAAAGUGCUCCCAACACAAGAGUAACAUUCUUAACUGUAGUUAACGGAGUAACACUGAGGGUCCCAAAGAAAAAUCUUCAGCCCCUUUUACGAGAAGCCUCUGCAGCCUUGACAGCAGUUUGGUUGGCUGAUAAUUAGCAGCUAAUUGACACUUUCCCAAACCUGGCUACCUUGGCUUCACCUAAAUGCAGGAUUCCAUCGGGCAUCUUAAGCUUAUCCC